AUGUUGCAGUCAAUACCUAAAGCAUUCACCAAACAUUUGAAAAGCAGAAGGAACAACAAAACUGCCAUAUUAAAAAGAGGGGGUCAAAAAUGGCCGGUGAAGAUUGUUGACCAUUGGGUGUUUGGAGAAGGUUGGGAAACUUUUGUGAGAGGAAAUGGUGUGCAAGAUUUUGAUUUUGUGUUUUUUAAGCAUGAAGGGGAUUUAGUUUUCGAUACCAUCGUCUUCAAUGCUAGUUGUUGUGAAAGGGACUAUCCAAGCAAUAAAGUUACGAUAAUCGAAGCAGAAAAAGCAUGCCCAGAAGCAAAAUCUUUACGUAACUGUAUAAUUGACACCUCCGGCUCAGAAACUGGAAACAAGUUGAUCCGCUGUCAUAGUGAAGCAGACGGCUCAAAUUUGAUAGACAUAUCAAUGAAGUCCCUCCUCAAGGCUGAAGGAACUAGGAUUCCUGAUCAAAAUCAUCAUCCUUGCUUCAUUCGCACUUUGAAAUCAGCUACCUCCAAACAUAAAUUGUAUCUGCCGAAGGCCUUCGCAUUAUCGAAUGGAUUAAUUAAUGGAGAAAUUAUCCUAAAAAAUGUGGAAAAUGAAGGUUCGUGGAAAGUUAACAUGACUAACUAUUGUGGCGAGGUCUUCUAUGUUCAUCAUGGAUGGCGUGAAUUUUGUAUUGCAAACGGUUUAGAGCAAGGUGAUAGUUUUCAGUUUGAGCUCAUUAAGAAAGGGGAAAAGCCUGUUGCCAAUAUUUCAAGAAUAUCAAAGAAAACCCCAAUGGUGAAUGCUGCUCACAAUCCUUGUUUCAAGUCCACCGCUACUCCAUAUAGCAUCAAGAACUCUCUUGUGAAUAUUCCAUCGGAUUUUGCAAGAUCAAAUGGAUUGGACAAAAGAAACUGUGAAAUGAUUGUGAUGGAUGAAAAGCGAAGGCUUUGGCCAACAAAACUCUGCUGCAAAGAUAAUCGUGUCCGUAUAAAGGGAUCUCGGGAAAUGCAGAUUGCAAAUGGAUUGAAGGAAGGAGAUGAGUUCUUAUUUGAACUUGUUGACAAAGGAAACAAGCCUCUUAUGAACUUCCACAACAACCAACAUACUCCGGAAAUGGGGAAAAAACUAGAACUUCAAUUUGAAAAAUCAGCAAACUGA